GAGUGCAUUCCAUUUCACACUCGAUCUCAUCCGCGGAGGUCGCGCCGCGCGUCACGCUCCUUCCAUCUUCCGCACGCCAAACCGGGACAAUAAUUAUCGUUUCCACCGGGAGACUGAUGAGGAGGGAGGAGAACUAACACGCGAAGCUCUACAUACGGGGAGAAUAUCAACAGACGGGGUCUGAUGCUUUAAAUCUGCGGAACUCCAACUCCCGCUCCCAGCACUCCCCGCUCCCAGCUUCCCGGCUCCCAGCUUCCCCACUCCCAGCACUCCCGGCUCCCCUACCUGACUAACUCAGUCACACAGGGGUAGGAAUUAUUGAAGCGAGAGAGAGGAAAAACGAGAAGAAAACAGAAUCCUGACUGGAUUGUUUCUUUAAACGCAGCACCCGCGGUGGACUAUACAGUAUUUCAUACGGUGGACUAUACAGUAUUUCAUACGGUGGACUAUACAGUAUUUCAUACGGUGUUUCAUACGAGUGACGCCAGGAUUUACAGACCGCUGCUGUCAGGAUGUUGAUACGGUUGUGAGGGCUCUUUCUUGUCUUCCUAUUGGCCAGUGAGGCUGUGAGGUCACGGCAUGUGGAUUACUACGUAUCCCAUGAUGCUAUCUGCCAGGCCGGGCUACUUCCUGCUGCUGCUCAGCUUCCUGCUCCUCGCCGACGCAGACUCGCCACCAAAGUUCACACGGACCCCAGAGGACCAGACCGGGGUGCAGGGAGGGGUUGCCUCCUUCGUCUGUCAGGCCACUGGAGACCCUCCGCCCAACAUAGUCUGGAACAAGAAGGGCAAGAAGGUCCAGAACCAGAGAUUUGAGGUAAUUGACUAUGAGGAUGGUUCUGGAUCUGUUCUGAGGAUCCAACCACUGAGGACUCCUAGAGAUGAGGCUGUCUAUGAGUGCCACGUCUCCAACCCUGCAGGAGAGAUCACUGCACUCUGCAGACUCAACGUUUUACGGGAGGACCAGCUCCCCUCGGGGUUUCCCACCAUAGACAUGGGUCCCCAGCUGAAGGUGGUGGAACGCUCUAGAACGGCCACCAUGCUGUGUGCUGCUAGCGGCAACCCCGACCCAGAAAUCACCUGGUUUAAAGACUUCCUCCCUGUCAACACCACCAAUAACAACGGGCGAAUCAAACAGCUCCGUUCAGAGUCCUUUGGUGGCACGCCUAUAAGAGGUAAGAGACGAUUGUCUGGGAGGACCGCCACAGAAUCAGGCUGUUUCCCAAAUGGCACUAGUAUUCCCUAUAAUAGUGCACUACUUUUUGACCAGAACCCUAUGAGCCGU